UACUAAGUCGACUCUAUACUUUGAAAUAUUAAUCUGGAUCAGGCUUUUAGAUUAUUGAACAACACGAAAUUGAUUUUGAAUGAUAAUCAUGAUGAAUUGUUUUCCGUGUUUCACUUCACAAAAGAGCAGAAACUCUCCCUGUACGACGAACGAGACUAACGAAAACGUUGAACACGACGAAUUCAGACCACCUGUUGCUGCGACGACGAAACGAAUUGAAGAAAGAGAAACAGAGCAAACAUCGUUGAAAACAUUCAAUUUCCGGGAGUUAGCGACAGCGACCAAGAAUUUCCGGCAAGAAUGUCUUUUAGGAGAAGGUGGAUUCGGUAGGGUUUAUAAAGGAACUCUUCAAUCUACUGGCCAGUUGGUAGCUGUAAAGCAGCUAGACAAGCAUGGACUACAUGAUCAACGCCUUUUAGUCUUUGAGUAUGUCUCUGGAGGUUCCCUUCAAGACCAUCUUUACGAACAAAAGCCAGGCCAGAAGCCGAUGGAUUGGAUAACGAGGAUGAAGAUUGCGUUUGGUGCAGCGCAAGGAUUGGAUUACUUGCACGAUAAAGUGAAUCCACCGCCAGGAACAUGUGAUAGCUUGUUUCUUUCUUCCCGGGUUAUGGAUACUUAUGGUUAUUCUGCGCCUGAGUACACUCGAGGGGACGAUCUCACUGUUAAGUCAGAUGUUUAUAGCUUCGGAGUAGUGUUGCUCGAACUCAUCACCGGUAGAAGAGCUAUUGACACCACUAAGUCUAAUGAUGAACAAAAUCUAGUUGCUUGGGCACAACCGAUAUUUAGAGACCCCAAAAGAUACCCGGAUAUGGCAGAUCCUCUUUUGAGGAAGAAUUUCUCAGAGAGAGGUUUAAAUCAAGCAGUGGCAAUAACAUCAAUGUGUCUACAAGAAGAACCAACUGCUCGUCCUUUGAUAAGUGAUGUUAUGGUUGCUCUUAGCUUCCUUUCAAUGUCAACAGAAGACGGUAUUCCAGCCACGGUUCCAAUGUCAUCCUUCAGGGACAAAAGUAUGUCGAUUGCUUUAAGCAGACACGGUUCUUGUUCUGUUACUCCAUUUUGUCUUUCUCGGAAAGAUGUAAACAACAAAUCUAGUUCUUCAUCAGACUCAGAGGAUGAAGAAGAAGAAAAAGCAGAAAAAGAAGAAGAAGAAGAAUCAAUAAGAAGUAAGAAAAAAGAAGAGCAAGAAGAAACCGCGGGGGAUUCAGAUGAUGGAUCUGAUUCAAACUCCGAAAAGGAUCAAGAAGAGGAACAUUCUCAGUUAGAGAAAGCCAGAGAGUCUAGCAGCUCCUCCUCUGACUCUGGAAGUGAGAGAAGAUCCAUUGAUGAAACAAACGCAACUGCACAGAGCUUGAAGAUAAAGUACAGUUAUAGCUCUGAGGAAGAAGAUAACGAGAAGCUAAGCAGUAAAAGCAGCUCUAAAUCAAACGAAGAAAGCACUUUUUCGCGGUAUGAUAGCGAUAGAGAUCACGAUGAUUCGUCAAGAAACACAAGCAUGCGAAUCAAUAGUCUUGCUCAUGAAGAUAAUGAGGAAGACGAGGAGGAGAAUCUUGAAACUCGGAGCUAUAGAGAUCACGAUGAUUCGCCAAGAAACACGAGCAUGCGAAUCAAUAGUCUUGCUCAUGAUGAUGAUGAGGAAGAGGAGGAGGAGAACCAUGAAACUCGGCUUGAACACAUUCAUAGCUCGAAAACUGAAGACCAGAGUGUUUAUUCAGAUGAUGAUGCCGGCGAGGCAAGUGGUGAGUCUUCUUUGCAUAGGAUCGAAGCAGAGGAAGAAGAACACAUUUCUUCUGAUCAUGAUUAAAUCUUUUGCAACAAGAAAAAAAUGUUUCAACUUUUCGUUUUGGAACAACCCAAUUUGUCAUAUAAGUCUAAUAUACAUAUCACAUUUCU